GACUUUGCAGACCAACGAGACAACAAUAUUGGCAGAAAUCAUUUUGUUGAAGUUUCCGAAUUGUUUCAAAUAUCUGACGUUUCUGACUACUAUAUGAGAUGGAUGACCUAUUGAGCAACCCCCCAAUACUUGUUGCAAUUAUAAUUGCACUAACUUUGGGGAUUGGAGUUCUAUUUUUGAAAUAUACAAUGCUCAAGCAAAAGAUGCUUUUGGAAACAGGAGAUUCUUCAAAAGAAAAAGGGAAAAAUGCCCCAACAACCAAGAAUCAAACAGAAAGAUCUGCAGUUCAAAAGAAAUCAACCACUGAACCAAAUACCGAAGGAAGGGAUUCAGGCGAGUGUAAACAGAGUAGUCCCGACCCUGACAGUGAAGACACAGAGGGAAUGCCACCAUUAGAGAAUGUUGAUGAUAUUAUCAUGACAAAAGAAGCAAAGAAACAUCUAGCCCAUGGCCUACAGGAAGAAUUAGCCAAAAUGGGAGGAUGUCCAUUUAGUGGAAUAGGUGCCAGUGGGGAGGAAGGUGACACCCCAGUAACAGCCCCAGCAGGAGCUGAUCCAUUUGAAUUUGUCGAACAUAUCCAAAGUGAGGUCAAAAAGGUGAAUCAUAAAGCCCAGGAAAAAGCAAUUGAAAAGGAACUUCCCGAUUUCGAUCCAGCGAAGGAACGAGAGGUUGCGAAAUCUCAAAUGGAGGCUAUAUUUACACUGAUGAAGGAACAAGAAGAUCAAUUUGGUUUAAAAUCCAUGGAUGAAAUGCAGGAUCAGUUGAAACUUUACAUGGAUAAGUGACCAAUCAGAUUGCAGCUUACAUUCUGAAGUUGGAGACCAAUCACAUAUCAGUUUUAAAACAGAACUGAUAAAAUGUGUAUCCUUGGUUCCAUGACCACAUGAUUUGAUAAAAGUAUUAAAAAACUGGAGAAGAGAAAUUGAUCUCAUUUGUUAUGAUGGGGAGAUUGUAAUUUCUUAAAUGCAAUAUUGUAGUUUCUUAAAUGCAAUAUUGUAGUUUCUUGAAUGCAAUAUUGUAGUUUCUUGAAUGCAAUAUUGUAGUUUCUUGAAUGCAAUAUUGUAGUUUCUUAAAUGCAAUAUUGUAGUUUCUUAAAUGCAAUAUUGUA